AUGGCGCUUCUCCGAGGUUGUUUGAAACCAAACAUACAGCAGAGUCUGGGCGAUUGUCUAAACGAUCCAGCUUUGUAUGAAGCAGCGCUUGAAGAGCUAGAGUGUACAUAUGGCCAUCCUCAUCUCAUUUCAAGAGCGUACAUUAGAACAAUUCUUGAUCUUCCAAAAGUUCCGCAUUUAAACGACUAUCGAGCCCUCUUAGUUUUUUCUACAUCCCUGCGCGGCGCCGUUUCUUCGUUAAAAAAUGGCGGCUACGAGAAUGAGCUGAAUUCCGUCGGUCUACUAGAGAUAAUUCUCGACAAGCUUCCCGCUGACAUUCAAAGCAAGUGGGGGAAGAAGAUAGUUAAAUCACACCCGCAACUCCUGACUCUGCAAGAUUUCGUACCGUGGCUACACACUAUUGUGAAAGCAGAAAUGGUGGUUAAACAUGCAAAAGCGUCAAAUUCUCAACCAACAGAAGGGAAAACUGGAAGACAAGACCGCAAACCGGGCCGGCAAAUUCACAGCAAAUUUAGUUCGCCCGUCUCACCAACGAUUCUCUCGAUAUCGACUGCAUCGAAUUCGAACUCAAAAACAAAAAUUCAAAACACCGUUCAAUUCAAGAACCUAAAAGAAUGUUUGCCGCUCGUUAACCCGACGAACGAAAGUCCAGCAAUAGAGUCAACCAAGCGAAACGACAAUGGAACUGGUGGGUCCACCGGAUCGACCCAUUGUUACACCUGCGCCAUCCGCGAGAGGGACAGAUCAUGGUCCGUGCUGUUGGCUGUCGUGCCCAUCACAAUCUGGAACGGCAAGAAACAUCUCAACACGUUUGGACUGUUGGACCUGGGCAGCGAAGCGUCUCUUAUCUUAGAUCAUGCGGCCGACAAAAUUGGAUUGACCGGACAGGCCCAAACGAUCCGUCUAAGAACCUUCCAUGGCCAGGAUCCAGAUAUUCCAACGCGCACCGUCAACUUCGAUAUUUCUCCAAGAGACAACCAAUCACGAUUCAAAGCCAUGAAUGCGUUGACCGUCCCACAACUCAACUUUGCAAAGAAGAAAUGUCAUUGGCCCAGCGUCAAGAAAGAAUGGAAUCAUCUAGCUGACUUAGAUUUGCCAACAUUCGACUCGGUCCUCGUUACCGUUAUUAUCGGUCGAGACAUACGUGGAGCGCAUCGUAUUUUGGAAGAACGCUGCCACUCCGGAGACACCGGCCCGGAUGCCAUUUUAACGCCAUUUGGAUGGUGUGUAGCCGGUUCAGUGCCGUCACGAGUGUUCGAGGUCUCGGAGAGAAGACCCGGCAUUUAUCAGAUCCAUUUUCAGCCAUCCGACCUGGAGUUGAGAGAAGACAUCGCGAGGCUGUGGCAAGCUGAAGCCUUCGGUGUUCAUAAACCAACUCAACCGAUACUCUCCACCGAAAACCGAAAGGCGAUGGACCUCCUUGAAAAAUCCAUCCGCCAUACAGGAGAACGACAAGAAGUGGCAUUAAUGUGGAAGGAAGAAAACGCAGUGCUGCAAAACAACUAUUCGUCGGCAUUGCAGCAACUGCAACAUCUUUCCAAACAUUUCAAACGGGACCCAGCUUAUGGCGAAAAAUAUAACAAGGUGAUCCAAGAAUACCUGUCGCUCGGUCACGCAAUUCCUGUAGAUCCGUCCGACACAGGUACGCCUGGGCGUGUGUUUUAUUUGCCACAUCAUGGUGUCACGUCCGUGAAUAAGCCGGACAAGGUCCGCGUCGUAUUCAACUGCUCGGCUCAACAUAAUGGAAUCAGCCUAAAUGACAUGCUCCACCAAGGCCCAGAUUUGUUAACCAGCCAAGUAGCAGUCCUCCUCCGCUUCCGUCAAUUCCCGGUACCGAUUGCCGGAGAUAUUGAAAAAAUGUAUCACCAGGUGCAAGUUCCGGCAAGCGAUCAAUCCGUUCUUCGUUUCCUUUAUCAAGCGCCUGGGAUCAACGAACCGAUCAAAGCGUUUCAAAUGACGCGACAUGUUUUCGGUGCCGUCUCAUCGCCGACGACAUGCAUCUUUGCUCUGAGAAAAACGGCCGAAGAUAAUCGACAUCUUUAUCCGAAAGUUGCCGAUCUCGUGCUGUCGAACACGUAUGUCGACAAUCUACUUUACUCUGCCGAAAACGAAGACGACGCCAUUCGUGACGCCAAGGACUUCAAGGCCCUCUGUCUAGCUGGCGGAUUUAAUGUCGUACAAUGGAUGUCGUCAUCCCGUCGUGUUCUCUCAACAGUUGCUCCAUCCGAGCUCUCUCGCCCUCAUCUCGACUUCAAUUCUGAGUUGCUCCCGGUCGAAAGAACGCUCGGCAUCUUGUUGGAUUGGGAGACCGAUCAGUUCAUGUACAAAGUCGAGUUGAAACCAGCAUCGACCAUGCGUGAAGUGCUCCAAGGUUUAUCGAAGGUCCACGACCCUCUUGGUCUCAUUGCCCCCGCCAUUUUGCCAGCCCGAAUCUUAAUGCAAGAUAUAUGGCACAGCCGGUGCGGAUGGGAUGACGUGCUGGAUCAAGAACUCCAAAAAAUUUGGACAAAUUGGACCAACGAGCUAAAACUUCUCGAAGCACUCCGCAUUCCGCGCUGCAUCCGCCGCGUAACCAAACCCGAUCAUCUAGAGCUUCAUGCCUUUAGUGAUGCCAGCGAAAAUGGCUUCGGUGCUUGUGUAUAUCUCCGAUGUUCAUAUCCGAACGAAGAAAUCAGUGUCGCCUUAGUGAUCGGAAAGGCAAGAGUGGCACCGUUAAAACAGUUAUCAAUCCCACGACUCGAACUCCAAGGAGCUGUUUUAGCCGCUAGACUCGUCAGCACAGUCCGACAAGAAAUGAACUUGAAGGACGUUCCAAAAACAUAUUGGACCGACUCGCAAACCGUCCUUCAGUGGAUUCAUUCAACGUCCUGUCGCUAUCACGCUUUUGUAGCUCACCGAAUCACCGAAAUUGUCGACCAGUCAGUGGCAAAGGAGUGGCGGCAUAUCCCAGGUGAGCUGAAUCCGGCAGACGACGCUUCACGUGGAAUACCAGCGUCAUCCUUAAAUCCGAAACACCGCUGGUUUUGUGGGCCAUCAUUUCUCCUGAUGUCCCGCGAAAGCUGGCCAGCGCCUGAACAAAUAUCAGAGCCCAGCUCCGAUGAUCCAGAAGUUGCCCCGUCACGCUGGGUGGGAUCAAUUUCAAACGAACCCAUUCACCCGUUCAUCCGCAUCGUUGAACGUGUGUCAACGUUGGAAAAAUUCAAGUCCUCAGUUGGCUGGCUCCGACGUUUCGCGCGAAAUUAUUCGUUAAAAGAAAAACCAAAAACAACGCUUAGUUUCUUAUCCGUGCCCGAGCUCCGCAGGGCAAUGACGUUCGCUUUUCGCAUCGACCAACAACAUUAUUUCGCCCGCGAGUUGGAAUUUCUCCGCAAAAGGCGUCCAUUGCCAGUCGAUUCAAAACUGGUUCACCAUACCCCCUUCCUCGACGUCAAUUCCGUCAUGAGAGUCGGUGGUCGAUUAGAUAGGAGCGCAUUCAACGAAGACAUCAAGCAUCCUAUCAUCCUCCAUCACGAGAGUCAAUUGGCUCGAUUGGUUAUCCGAGAGCGACACAUUUAUCUCGAACAUUCGCGACCUGAUCGCACGCUCCACGAUGUCCGAUCUCGAUACUACAUCCCGAAGCUGAGACGCAUCGUAAAAUCCGUCGUGGGAGAUUGUGCAAAAUGUCGGCUGUUACGCUCGAAACCAGCCCCUCUCAAUUAUGGCUCCUCUCCCGUCCUAUCGCCUCCGCCCGUUCACGCGACCAUUUUCCGGAACGGGAAUAGACUACUUUGGACCAAUGCCUAUCACCAUGCUCCGACGGUCAUUGAAAAGAUGGGGCGUGAUGUUUACUUCGACAACGGCACAAAUUUAGUCGCAGGCGAAAAGGAAAUCUCCGAAGGUUUGGCGCGUUUCAAUCAAGAAAGAAUCGGAUCAAAAUUGGCGAAACGCGGCAUUGAGUGGCAUUUCUCUCCUCCCAUCGCGCCGCAUUUUGGCGGUUCAUGGGAACGCCUUAUUCAAUCCGCAAAAUCCGCCCUACGCAUCAUUCUCGACGGCCGGACAUCGUCCAACGAAAUUCUGCAGUCCGCCUUAGUCGGGGCAGCAACGCUAAUGAAUGGACGUCCCCUCGAAUAUGUUCCAGUCGACCCGAAAGAUCCCAUUCCGUUGACCCCCAAUCAUUUUUUUCUCCUCGAAGCUAAUCCGAACGAACCUCUGGACGUCCUCGAUUUGUCAGAAACACCGUCCACCAAAGGAUGGAGAGCAGCCCAAGAUCUCAUCACUCAUUUCUGGCGUAGGUGGCUCCGCGAGAUCGUACCGAAACUCAAUUCUCGAUCAAAAUGGACAGCACCGAAUCGAAAUAUUGCUGUCAACGAUAUUGUCUUAAUUGUUGAUCCAGCCACUCGCAGAGGUGAGUGGCCGCAUGGCCGCGUACUUGAAGUCUUUCCCGAUCUCAACGGCACCGUUCGCUCGGUAUCCUUCGCAGUUUGGUCCGGGAAAGGCACGGAAACAAAACUUUGGACCCGAGCGGCUCAUCAUCUGUGCGUGCUGGAGACCGAAAAAUGCGAUGUUUCGUGA